GCAAUCAACCUCAAGAGAGAGAGGGGGAAAGGGUGGAAAGAAAAGAAGGCCCAACAAAGAAAAAAAUAAAAUGGCGAUUGGAGAAAGGAACAGAACGUGGUUCCGAAGAGAGAGAGAAGGCAAGAGAUGCAGUUAGAGAGAGAAAGGGGUAUAGAAGAUUGAGACUUGAAGUAGGUCUAAAGUCUUCUUCUUCCUCUCCCUCUCGGUGUCCAACUUUUCUCCGCCUCCUGAGGUUCCCCAGUCAGUGGGGAUCCAGGAAGAUCACCUGUGGUUGUUGGUAGGAGGCCAAAGAGAUCGCCGGAGGAGCUGAAACUCCACACUGAACCAGCUUGCAUGGAAGCUCAAGGCUCUGUUACCGAGACGGAGAAGCCGAUAGAGAGUGGAGUCAAGCUGAAGAUCAAGAUGAAGGUCAGAGACGCAGCAGAAGGCGAGGUCGUCUCUCCGACGGUCUCCGGUUACAACACAGGGGAUGAGGAUGCCUCGAUCGAGCACGAAUGCAAGCUAUGCAAGAUGUCCUUCAGCUCGGGGAAAGCUCUGGAAGUCCAUGUGAGAGUUCAUGGUGGCACCGCCGUGGAGCGUUGCUCUUCCAAUCCAUGCAGCAAAAUCGGUUCCUCCCAUGGCGUCCCUACUCCCCAGGAACAACAACAGAUUCAGCAGGCCACUGAUGUAAACGUGGCUACUGAUGACGAUUCAGGUGAAGUCCAAGCUGAUUCGGAACUCAAGACGAAGCCGAAUGCCGUCUGCGUGCUCUGCAAGAAGGAAUUUCCGUCCUUGAAGUCACUGUUCGGUCAUAUGAGGUGCCAUCCAGGUAGGGACUGGAGGGGAAUUCAGCCGCCUGAGAGGUUCCAGAGCUCCCCUUCGUCUACCGUUUCCGACUCCGAGCCGAACCCUCUGGCGGUAUCCUCGGGAAAAACCGAAUCUCGAAUUGGUUCAUGGCGCAGGCGGCGCAAGAGAAACAGGACGGAGGCCGGCCUGCUGGCUGAGAACGAUGGUACUCGUUCGGAUGAUCCGAUCUUUGCUGCUGCCUACAACUUGAUGGUUCUGAAGAACGCAAAGAAUCCGGCCCCCAUCGAUUCGAUGAUAUUGCGAAGAAUCGCAUCCGAACAGGAGGAAAAUGGGCACGACUGCAGGGCUUCAAAUAAGAAGAAGAGGAAGAAAAAGAAGAAGAUCAGAGCUCUAAUGGAUAGCUCGGAGAAGCAUCGAUGCAGCAUCUGCCACAAGGUGUUCUCCUCUCACCAAGCGCUGGGGGGGCAUAGAGCCAGCCACACGAAGACUAAAGAAGAGCUCCUCGAUGCAGAAACUGCAGAUAAAGAUGCAUUUGAGCCAGCCGGGGAGCCCCCUUCGCCGGAAUUCGAUGCCAAGGAGCUGCCGGCGCAUGAGUGCAAGAUCUGUCACAAAUUCUUUCCAUCUGGGCGGGCGCUCGGGGGGCACAAGAGGUGCCACUGGAACGAAGACCGAGCUGCAGCUGCGUCGAUUGUGUUGGAAGCUGCCGAGAGCUCGUCGAUGGCGACUUUUAGCGCAGAACAAAAGAGGGCUCCGACGGAGCAGGGCUUUGACCUGAAUGAGGUAGCACCACUGGAGGAUGCAGACCUUGAUGCCCUAUACAGCAUGGUAGAUGUGGUUCCUGCUGCUGCUAAGCUACUCGGAUUCGAGGCAGCAACCAGCAAUGUUGCGUAUUUGGUUGGUGAUCUAGCUGCUUGAGAAUUUUACUGUGUUUCUGGUGAACAAUUCUACUGAUAUGAACAUUGCCGUGUUGAAUUGUUUCUUCCAACAUCAGGGAAGGAACAAUGUUAGUGUGCCUACGAUACUUUGAGCUCAGACAGCAGAAGAGAGGAGGAGAUUUUUUUGGUGUUUCUCUCACUGGUUUUUACAUGUCUUUCUUUUUGUGAUUUUUUAUUCAGCAAAGCAGAACAGUUUGUUUCUCUGAUCCUCAAGUUGGUGUAAACACCUUCCUUACUGUACAGCUGGUAGUUCUUACUUCCGUAGUAUUAGUUGUAGUCCUUCUUGGUCAAUGUUCAGAAAUUGAAUUUCUGGCCCUACCAACGUCACUUUUCUAUGUUUUUUUCUUCAUUUUGUGAGAAACAAGAACUUUUUUUCAUUGA